UCUCUCACUCUCCUCUUCUUCUUCUUCUUCUUCUUCUUGUGCUGCUGCUUCUGCAGCUACGCUACAGCAAUACCAAUUUCUUUGCCAUUUGACCGUAGGUUGUUGUGGUUUGCUUUGUUUUUUAGGGGACAAGUGCCCUAAAGAUUAAGGGUAAAAAAUAUAGUUGGUGGGGAAGGGACACGUGGCCAAAAAAAUGAAAGAGAGUGGAAGAAAACAAGGUGCAGCAUCACCAUGUGCAGCUUGCAAGCUGCUGAGGAGAAGGUGUGCCCAAGAUUGUGUUUUUGCCCCUUAUUUCCCAGCAGAUGAGCCCCAGAAGUUCGCUAAUGUCCACAAGGUCUUUGGUGCUAGCAAUGUCAAUAAGAUGCUACAGGAACUCCCUGUGCAUCAGAGAGGGGAUGCAGUGAGUAGCAUGGUGUACGAAGCAAAUGCGAGAGUGCGUGACCCUGUCUAUGGCUGCGUUGGUGCUAUAUCCUCUCUACAGCAACAGAUCGAUGUACUCCAAACCCAGUUGGCACUGGCUCAGGCCGAAGUGGUGCACCUUAGGGUUCGGCAGACUACCAUAUCACAUCACGUGUUGAGCCCUACUAGUCCGAGUAACAGUGGGUCUCCCUCGUCUAGACUCGUGGGAUCACAGGUCAGGCCCAUUUUUGAUAUGGAUAUGGUGGACCAUGCAAGCUUGGGAGAGUCAAUGUGGUCAUGCUAAAUGCUUUCUUUUCAUCUUAAUUUCUUUCCUUGGACUAUUAUAUUUAAAGAUUUGAUGAUUUUGUACUGGUUUUGUUUCCACUUGGGUAGAGAGUUAUAGCACUGCUAGUAGUGGUGGUGGAGAUUUAGCUACUUUAUUUUUGGAUUUACUAUUUUGUAUAUAUUUGAACAUUAUAUAGUGAGUAAAUUUCCCACUAAAAAUAUUAUAUAGUUUAUAAUGGACU